UCCUUUUCCCAAUGCACGCUGGGAUCGUAUGAUUUUUUUUCUUCGAUUACUCAGGUCUGUUCCCAGCAUGGCGAACUUGGUGGAAGCGAAAUCUAUUCAGCAAUUUUUAGAACUACAACAGGCGGCCGGCAAGUCGCUUCUGGUUGUCCAUUUUUGUGCAUCAUGGGCUCCACAAUGUGCUCAGAUGAACAAUGUGAUAGCAGAGCUAGCAAAAGAGCAUUCACAGGUUACAUUUGUCAAGCUUGAAGCAGAGGCUGUACCUGAGGUAUCUGAGAAAUAUGAGAUCAGUUCUGUUCCAACAUUUGUUUUCUUUAAGAAUUCUCAGAAGAUUGAUAGACUGGAUGGAGCACAUGCUCCUGAACUCACCAAGAAAGUAAAGCAGCAUGCUUCAAGCAGUGCUGUCCCUGUUGGAACUGUGGAAUCUAGUAAAGAGGAUUUAAAUGAACGACUUAAGAGGCUGAUCAAUGCUGCACCUUGCAUGCUCUUUAUGAAGGGAUCUCCUCAAGAGCCCCGCUGUGGUUUUAGCAGACAAAUUGUGAAUAUUUUCAAGCAGCACAAUAUCCAGUUCAGCAGCUUUGACAUUCUGUCAGAUGAUGAGGUGCGACAAGGGUUGAAGACAUUUUCCAAUUGGCCAACAUAUCCUCAAGUGUAUGUCAAUGGGGAACUAGUUGGUGGACUUGAUAUUAUUAAGGAGCUGGCACAAUCAGGAGAACUAGAAAAGACCUGCCCCUCAGCAGUCACCUUAGAACAUAGGCUGAAAUCAUUAAUCAAUAAAAAUCCAGUAAUGCUGUUUAUGAAGGGUAAUAAGACGAUGGCAAAAUGUGGCUUCAGUAGGCAGAUACUGGAAAUAAUCAAUGAGACUGGGGUUAAUUUUGACACAUUUGAUAUACUGGAAGAUGAAGAGGUUAGACAAGGUUUAAAGACUUACUCCAACUGGCCAACAUACCCACAACUUUACGUAAAAGGUGAAUUGAUUGGAGGACUUGACAUAGUAAAGGAGUUAAAAGAAAGUGGUGAUCUUCUAUCUGUUUUGAAAGGAGAAAAUUAAAUAUCAAGAAUCAGCAUUUUAGAGAUUGGGAACAAAGUAUAUGUUACAUGGUUAUAUAAUGUAUCAGUGCGUCUUCUCAGGAUACCUGCUAAUAAAGAACAGCAUGUAUACUUAGUUGCAUUAUGAUCUUAAAUCCUCUAUGUUUUGGUCUAUUGCUAUUAAAAUAAACAAAUAAAAUUGUAAAACAUUUCAGUGGUUGUCAUAUUUUUCAGAUUAAUGAUGCUGUAAGCAACUUCAGAUGAAUUGCUUAAACAUAGUAUUUUACUAAUUUCCACUUCAAGUAAAUAUGAAGGAUAAGUUAAAAUUUUCUGUUAAAAUGAAUUAAUGUUGAAGGUUAAUCAAUAAAAUCCAUGUGACAUUGUGUUUUAAAGGUGAUUCUAAUAUUACCUAUAAAUAAAAUUACUUGAAUAUCAUGCACAGUACUGGAGCCUAAAAUGUGUUUACUGCUUAGGUUAUGAAGAAGUGAAUGGCACUGUGCCCGGAGCAUUGCUGCGCAAUUAGCCAUUAAGAAAGGCCUCUUUAUGGUGUGAUGAGCACACCUGAGCCACUGGCAGCCAAAUAUAGGACUACAAAGAGCAGUGUUUGGCAGCUUGGAUUUUUCUGUAUUAGCAAAUAUAGUUCAAACAUAUUUUGAAAUUGACCCUUUCAAUAAUAAUAAGGUCCAUCCAUUCAUUUUCUCCACCCACUUCCUCCAAAACAGGACAAAACAAUUAUGUACAAGGCAAAAAACAAACAUGUUCACUACUCGGCACCCUUGCGGACUCAUGUUCACGUGGGAGAUGGGAAGAUAAAGGAGUACCAGGAGAAACCUGUCAUGAACAUGGGGAAGGUGUCCAAACUCUACAUUGACAAAGCCCAGUUAAUAAUAAAGUAAGUCUAUUUUUAAAAAAAUGCAUCAGGCUUUGUAUUUUGUAUUAUUAAACUGUAAAUUAGUUUUUUUUUCUGUAAAGUGUCCUGCCUUAACUAAAAUCCAUAGUUUUAGUAAGCAACUUCUGUUUGCUAGCAUAAUUAAUACCAAGUUGAUUAUUAAUUUCAUUGUAUGCACAAACACACACACACUUCUGCAUAUCAAAACGCACGCACACACACACACACACACAGGUGAAAUGGUUAUUUGUAUUUUAAACUAAAGCAACUGUUUUUUGCAGGAAUUGUUUAUAUUUGCUUUAGCCACCAGGUGGAGACCUCAUAUCACAAAUAGGCAUGUUCUCCUGCAGACUGGGCUUGGUAGCUUAUCUAUAAAUUAAAUAUUA